CGUAUCCCCGCCUCCCCCACCCCCCCAGCAACCGGCCUGGCAGCGGCGAGGCCAUAAACUGAGGAGGCGGAGCCGAGAAGCUGUCCCGACUGCUUGCUAACUCCAGGACCAGGUUUAAAUUUUCGAAAUUGAAAUAGGUCUACACAUUAGGAACUCAUGUCUUUUCUUGUAAGUAAACCAGAGAGAAUUAGGCGGUGGGUCUCGGAAAAGUUCAUUGUUGAGGGCUUAAGAGAUUUGGAACUAUUUGGAGAGCAGCCUCCGGGUGACACUCGGAGAAAAACCAAUGAGGCGAGCUCAGAGUCGAUAGCAUCCUUCCCCAAGCAGGAGAUCAUGAGUAGCUUUCUGCCGGAAGGAGGGUGUUACGAGCUCCUCACCAUCAUAGGCAAAGGCUUUGAGGACCUGAUGACAGUGAAUCUAGCAAGGUACAAACCAACCGGAGAGUACGUGACGGUCCGAAGGGUUAACCUAGAAGCCUGUUCCAACGAGAUGGUGACAUUCUUGCAGGGGGAGCUUCACGUCUCUAAACUCUUCAACCACCCCAAUAUCCUGCCGUAUCAAGCCACCUUUAUUGCAGACAACGAGCUAUGGGUUGUCACAUCAUUCAUGGCAUAUGGUUCCGCAAAAGAUCUCAUCUGUACACACUUCAUGGAUGGCAUGAAUGAGCUGGCGAUCGCUUACAUCCUGCAGGGGGUGCUCAAGGCCCUCGACUACAUCCACCACAUGGGAUACGUACACAGGAGUGUGAAAGCCAGCCACAUUCUGAUCUCCGUGGAUGGGAAGGUCUACCUGUCCGGUUUACGCAGCAACCUCAGCAUGAUCAGCCACGGGCAGCGGCAACGUGUGGUCCACGAUUUUCCCAAGUACAGUAUCAAGGUUCUGCCUUGGCUCAGCCCGGAGGUCCUCCAGCAGAAUCUUCAGGGUUAUGAUGCCAAGUCUGACAUCUACAGUGUGGGAAUCACAGCCUGUGAGCUGGCCAACGGCCAUGUGCCCUUUAAGGACAUGCCUGCCACCCAGAUGCUGCUGGAGAAACUGAACGGCACCGUGCCCUGCCUGUUGGACACCAGCACCAUCCCCGCCGAGGAGCUGACCAUGAGCACCUCACGCUCGGCAGCCAACUCUGGCCUCAACGAGAGCCUGGCCACCAGCACCCCCAGGACCUCCAAUGGUGACUCGCUGUCCCACCCCUAUCACCGAACCUUUUCCCCCCACUUCCACCACUUCGUGGAGCAGUGCCUUCAGCGCAACCCAGACGUAAGACCCAGUGCCAGCACCCUCCUGAACCAUUCCUUUUUCAAGCAGAUCAAGCGACGCGCCUCAGAGGCUUUGCCUGAGUUACUUCGGCCCGUCAACCCAAUCACCAAUUUUGAGGGCAGCCAGUCUCAGGAUCACAGUGGAAUCUUUGGCCUAGUAACAAACUUGGAAGAGCUGGAGGUGGAAGACUGGGAGUUCUGAGUCUCUGGAGAAGGUGCUCACCUCCCAGCAUGGGAUGGACGUGGGAGCCUCUGGGGCCCUUCCUGAGUGCUGGCCACACUCCCGUCCUUCAGGAGCAGAUUGGGUAGAGAGGGCAUUUCUGCUCAGAGAGGUGCCUGCUUGCUGACCGGAGAGAAGUUCCUGGAGAGAAACUUCUCUACUGCUCCAAGGCAUCUGAGACACAAGGGAUCCGGACGGGCCAGAAAGCUGACAUUCCCAGCCCAGGGAGCUCUGGCGGCCUCUUCAGAAGGAAGAGAAGCUGGCCCUUGGGGGCUGAAGUUCAAGUCUGGGGUUUGACUCACUGACACAGGGAACUCUGUGACUUCCUCUUCUCACUCUUGUUCUCCUACCAGCCAGAUUCCAUUCUUUUCCAGUGCCCUCAGAUCCUGUGGGUCCACAGAGAGGCAAGCAGUAGGCAAUCUGUGCCCUCUCUCCUCUGACCUCUCCCUGAUAACUGGAGGGAAGGGCAUUUGUUUUCCUUUUUAAGCAUCAGGUUAAAGCUGGGGCAGUUCGUCCUGAUCCUUGUUAUCGCUUGGGCCCUGACACCUGAAACCUGCCAUACUUCGUCUGCAUAGAGCAUUUCUUUCCCACCCAGAGUCCAUCCAUCUUACUGCCUCCUGCCGCUGCCUCGGUGCUUCCUCUGAGGGCCAUGGUGUCUCACCUAGCCAGGGGGCUCACAUCCUUGUGCCGUGUUAGUUCUGUUGCCAGAACACAUUAAAAUGUUCAGAGCCCCCUCUGGAGAGUGGCCACACAGGCUCAAACGCGUCUCACUCCACCCCGGGGUCCACCGUUCGAGGGCAGCCCCGCGAGUGCUCAUGGGAGCGCAGCAGUGACUUGUCAGUGGACAGACAGCCUCACAACACACCAGUUCUUUUGUUUACGUGUGUGAAUAUGCAUUUACACUCACCCGAGGACACUUUUUCAUUGCUUUUAGAAAUGAAGGGAGAGAAACAUCGAUGGGUUGUCUCCCAGACGCAACCCGGCUGGGGAUCAAACCCUCAACUUAGACAGGGAAUCGAACCUGCAGGGACUCCAACCAACUGAACCACACUGGCCAGGGCAUGCCAGUUCUGUCAACACCCAUAAUAGACUCGGCUGGUGGGAGCAUUGUCCCAUAACUGUAAAAGGGCUGUGGUUUUGAUUCCCAGUCAGGGCGCACCUAGGUUGCAGCUUUGAUCCCCGUUUGGGGGCCCAUACAAGAGGCGACCAUUGAUCUAUGUUUCUCUUCCUCUUCCUCCCUCCCUCCCCUCUAAAAUAAAUAAGCAUGUAGUCAGGUGAGGAUUAAAUAAAACACAUAAUAGAUUUGUCUCUUAA